GGCUUUUGAUUUGUGUAUUGGGGGUGUUGUGGGGUUUGGGCGAAAGCGAAUGAAUGAAGUUAAGAAACUAAAAAGAGAAAAGAAUAUGCCAUUGUUGUAUUGUUUUGUUCCUCACAGACAUUCUCAGAUUCCCAACGUCGAUACCCUCUUCUCUUCUCCCUCUUCUUAACAACAUAACCAACCAACUUCUUAAUUCUUACAUCGCACGCUUUUUCACAGGUUUCAAUAACAACAACAAUUCAUUCAUUCAAAUUUCAAAUUUCAAUCAAUCAAGGAUUCUUCUGUCGCCGUUCUCUAUGGUUUUCUGGAACUGCUAAAAUAAGCUUUACUGCAAGAAUUUAGGUUCAUUGUAUUGGUCAUUUUUAAAAGAUUGGAAAUGGUAUCUGAUAAGCACUCUGCGGGUCUUCUUGAUACACUGAAAAUGGAGAGGGUCAGAACUAUUCUGACCCACACUUAUCCUUACCCUCAUGAACAUUCCCGCCAUGCUAUAAUUGCUGUUGCCGUGGGUUGCCUUUUUUUCAUCUCAUCCGACAAUAUGCAUACUCUUGUAGAAAAAUUAGAUAACAAUAUUAAAUGGUGGUCUAUGUAUGUCUUCUUGUUUGGGUUCUUCUAUUUCUUUUCAUCACCAUUUUUGGUUAAGACUAUCAAGCCGAGUUAUUCAAAUUUCAGUCGAUGGUACAUAGCCUGGAUUUUAGUGGCAGCAGUGUACCAUCUUCCUAGUUUUCAGUCAAUGGGGGUGGAUAUGAGAAUGAAUCUAUCUUUGUUUUUGACGAUAUAUAUCUCAUCCAUUGUGUUUCUUCUUGUUUUCCACAUUAUUUUUUAUGGCCUCUGGUAUAUUGGCUUUGUUUCACGUGUAGCUGGAAAGAGACCAGAGAUCUUGACUAUUCUUCAAAACUGCGCCGUACUUAGUGUGGCAUGCUGUGUAUUUUAUAGUCAUUGUGGAAACCGUGCCAUGUUAAGAGAAAGACCGCUUGAGCGAAAAAAUUCAAACUGGUUUUCUUCUUUUUGGAAGAAAGAAGAGAGAAACACAUGGCUUGCAAAGUUUCUUCGGAUGAAUGAGUUGAAGGACCAGGUUUGCUCAUCGUGGUUUGCUCCAGUUGGAUCUGCAAGUGAUUAUCCACUUUUGUCAAAGUGGGUUAUUUAUGGAGAGAUAGCCUGCAAUGGUUCAUGUCCUGGUUCAUCAGAUGAGAUUUCCCCCAUCUACUCACUUUGGGCUACAUUUAUUGGGCUUUACAUAGCAAAUUAUGUGGUUGAAAGGUCAACAGGUUGGGCUCUCACUCACCCACUAUCUGUUAAAGAAUCUGAGAAGUUAAAGAAGAAGCAGAUGAAACCUGAAUUUUUGGACAUGGUUCCUUGGUAUUCUGGAACAUCUGCUGAUUUAUUCAAAACAGUUUUUGAUCUCCUUGUAUCAGUGACCGUGUUCGUUGGCCGUUUUGACAUGCGAAUGAUGCAGGCAGCAAUGAGUAGGGCUGAAGAUGGAACGCAGCAACGCGACCUUCUAUAUGAUCAUUUUAGCGAGAAGGAUGAUUUUUGGUUUGACUUUAUGGCUGAUACUGGUGACGGUGGGAACUCAUCUUAUGCUGUUGCACGGCUACUUGCAAGGCCUUCAAUUCGUACACUAAAAGAUGAUUCUGAGGUUACUUUACCACGCGGUGACUUGCUACUUAUCGGGGGUGAUCUUGCGUAUCCUAAUCCAUCAACAUUUACAUAUGAAAGACGUCUGUUUGUUCCCUUUGAGUAUGCUCUCCAACCUCCUCCUUCAUAUAAAGCUGAGCAGAUAGCUGUGAAUAAGCCCUUUGGAGAUAAACUGAAACAGUACGAUGGACCUCAGUGUUUCGUUAUUCCUGGAAACCAUGACUGGUUUGAUGGACUUCAGACUUUUAUGAGGUAUAUAUGUCAUAGGAGUUGGUUAGGUGGAUGGCUAAUGCCUCAGAGAAAAAGUUACUUUGCUUUGCAACUCCCUAAACGGUGGUGGGUUUUUGGGCUUGACCUUGCUCUUCAUGGUGACAUUGAUGUGUACCAAUUCAAAUUCUUUACUGAACUGAUAAUGGAAAAGAUUCAAGAGGACGACUCUGUGAUCGUUAUAACUCACGAACCUAAUUGGCUUACUGACUGGUAUUGGAGCGAUGUUACUGGGAAGAAUAUUUCACACCUGAUUUGUGAUUAUUUGAAAGGAAGGUGUAAGCUUCGAAUGGCUGGGGACUUGCAUCAUUACAUGCGUCAUUCACAUGUAAAAUCAGAUGGCCCUGUCCAUGUCCACCAUCUUCUUGUAAAUGGUUGUGGUGGAGCAUUUUUACAUCCGACCCAUGUUUUCAGUAAAUUUGAUAAACUUGAUGGAGUUUCCUAUGAAUGCAAGGCUGCAUAUCCUUCCUUUGAAGAUUCGAGCAGGAUUGCAUUAGGAAAUAUCCUUAAGUUUCGGAAGAAGAACUGGCAAUUUGAUUUUAUCGGUGGCAUCAUAUAUUUUCUCCUAGUAUUUUCAAUGUUUCCGCAAUGUGAGCUGAAUCACAUUCUCAAUGAUGAUGCAUUUUCUGGUCAAUUAAAGAGUUUCUUUGGUACUGUGUGGAAUGGGUUUAUAUAUAUCCUACAGCACUCUUGUGUGUCAUUUGUGGGAGCGUUAGUAUUACUAAUUUCAGCAUAUUCUUUUGUUCCACCCAAGUUGUCACGGAAGAAACGAGCAAUGGUUGGAAUUCUUCAUGUUUCUGCCCACCUCGCUGCAGCUCUGAUUCUUAUGUUGCUUCUUGAAAUAGGCAUUGAAAUAUGCAUCCGCCAUGAUUUGCUGGCGACUUCAGGGUAUCACACUUUAUAUCAGUGGUAUCAAUCUGUGGAAAGUGAACAUUUUCCGGAUCCAACUGGCCUCAGAGCUCGUAUAGAACAAUGGACAUUUGGUUUUUAUCCAGCUUGUAUAAAGUAUUUAAUGUCUGCUUUUGAUGUGCCAGAGGUCAUGGCUGUCUCUCGAAACACUAUUUGCAAAAAUGGAUUAGAGUCUCUUUCCAGAGGGGGUGCCAUAAUCUAUUAUGCUUCUGUCUUUCUUUACUUUUGGGUUUUCUCUACUCCUGUUGUUUCCUUGGUGUUUGGGAGCUACUUAUAUAUUUGCAUUAACUGGCUUCAUUUACACUUCGACGAAGCCUUCUCAUCUCUCAGAAUAGCUAAUUACAAAUCAUUCACACGAUUUCACAUCAAUUCUGAUGGUAAUCUUGAAGUUUUUACUCUCGCGGUUGAUAAGGUUCCUAAGGAUUGGAAGCUUGAUUCUGAUUGGGAUAGGGAGAUGAAAAAUCCACAAAUUUCGAGCCAUUUGAGAAGCUUUCCGAGCAAAUGGAGGGCGUCCGUUUCCAACCAGGAUCCAGUACAUACAGUCAAAAUUGUUGAUCAUUUUGUUAUUGAUCGAACUGAUGAUAAGAAUAAGAAUGAAUGUGGUACUGAUUCUAACGGGCUAGAUCAAUGAUUUAUUGAUUUGGUUGUCCUAUUUGUAAUAUUAUUUAGGAAGCAAUUUGAAGAAAUGAAAAGUAGAUCAACACUUUCCACAUCUCUUCUACUUUCUACUUUUUUUGCAAAGUGAGAUGGUGACCAAUCUUAGGGUAAGGCCGUUGAGGAAGGUGCUGGUGAGCCUAGAAAAUCAUACCUAGGAUUUAGGGACAGGUAAGUAUGAGCCUUCACUCUUCUUUUUUCAAAUGUUUAGCAAAAAUAUAUUCAUGUAGAUUGUAAUAUUGUUAAAAUCUCUUGUAACACUUAGUAGUAUAAUUUUGCAUGGUAGAAGUUGGACUUCA